GUGAGGGUUGGUUCUGUAUUUAAACGCGCCAACAAAAGCUUAUGAAAACGAAGACAAAGAGAGCGGGGACUGCCAUUUUCAUAGAGACAGGGCUGCUGUGGAGAGAUUGCAAGUUUUAGCUAUUAACACAAACUUUUUGUUUUGUUAUAAAUACACUUUUUUUGUUGGCAUGCCUGAAGAAACUGCAACCGCGUCUUCGGCUACAAAAACGGAGAGCAUGGAUGAAGGAACCGCCGCUUCCUCCAGCGCCACCGCUGCAGACGGUGCUGGUGUGGAUGUCCUGGAAGAAGCCAGUAAGCUGAUCGGCACAGGAAACAAGAACCUGGUGAUGGGUGACGUCCCCGCUGCAGUGAAUGCGUUCCAGGAGGCCUGCGGCAUGCUGGCCCAGAAAUAUGGUGAUACGGCAGACGAGUGUGCAGAAGCAUUCUUCCUUUGUGGGAAAUCUCUUUUAGAACUGGCAAGAGUGGAGAAUGGUGUCCUGGGUAACGCUCUGGAGGGAGUUCCGGAGGAGGAGGAGGAGGAAGGGGUAGGGGAGGGGCAGAAGAAAGAGGAUUCCAAAAUAGAAAGUGCAGACAACCUGGACGAGAAAACAAGGGAUGAGCUGAGGGAGCAGGUGUACGAUGCCAUGGCUGAGAAGCAAGGAGAAGGGGAAGACAAAACUGAGAAGGAGAGAACAGAAGAGAAAUCGGAAUCUUCUGAGAAAGCAGAGGAGGACAAAACCAUAACCCCGACAAAGGAAGAGAACAAGACAAAGUCUCCAGCAAAGGAGGGUGAAGGAAAAACAUCUCCAAAGAAAGAGAAGGGUAAAACUCCGGAGGAAGAAGAGAAGGAAGAGGCAGCAAUGGAAGAGGGGAAGGAGGCGGAAGACCAGUCUGAGAAGGAGAGCAGUCUGCCUGAUAAGGGGGAUGAUUCCAAAGAAGCAGAAGAAUCGAAGAAUCGGCCUGGUAAAGAUGGAGAGAAGGGAGCCACAGAAGAAACUGCUGCUGAAGAGCCAAUGCAAGAGGGUGAAGAUGGAGAGGAGGGAGAUGAGGAGGAGGAGGAGGAAGGUGAAGGGGAGGCAACAGCAGAAGACGAGAAGGAGAGUGAAGAGGAGGAAGUAGGAAAUUUGCAGCUGGCUUGGGAGAUGCUGGAGAUCGCCAAAGUGAUCUAUAAAAGGAAAGAGUCAAAAGAAGACCAGCUCUUUGCUGCUCAAGCCCACCUCAAGCUUGGAGAAAUAAGCGUUGAAUCGGGGAACUACCCACAGGCGACUGAAGAUUUCCAGGAGUGCCUGGCCAUUCAGAAGAAGCACCUGGAGCCCCACAGCCGCCUACUCGCAGAGACCCACUACCAGCUGGGCCUGGUCUUCGGCUACAUCAACCAGUACGGCAAAGCCAUCGAGCACUUCAACCACUCUGUGGAAGUCAUAGAGAGCCGGCUGGCCAUGCUGAAGGAUGUCAUUGACAAAGCAAAAAGCGAUGAUAAUGUAUUGGAAGACAAAAAGGAAAUGGAAGAAAUAAAACUGCUGCUUCCUGACAUCAGAGAGAAAAUUGAGGAUGCCAAAGAGGGCCAGAAGACUUGCAAAGUGGCUUCUGCAGCGAUCCUGGAGACGCUGACUGGGGGCUCUACAUCUGGAUUUUCAGGAGAGCAUAGUGGGACGUCAGCAUCCACAAUUCCUGUUAAAGCAGCUGAAGCGGCUUCAUCCUCCAAGUCUGUAUCUGACAUCUCCCAUCUGAUCAGAAAGAAGCGGAAACCUGAAGAGGAGAGCCCCACAAAGGACAAAGAUGCUAAAAAAGCCAAGCCCAACACCUCAGUCAAUGGCAGCGGGGACACUGCCACCAACGGCAAUGCUGUUGAGGACAAAAAGGAGCCUGCAAAACCUGCUGGUGCCGCAAUGGAGACAUCGGUGUGAUGGUGCUUCUUGAAGGUGGCAGAUUUCCCCCCCCCCCCCCCCUCACAUGCAGCUCUUGUGUUUUUGUACAUAAAGUAUGAGUCCAAAUGUCUGUCUUUCAACAUGUUUUUUUUUGUAAAAUUGUAGUACAUUUCAAUAAAGGUUAUUUGCAAAAGUG